CCAAGGAGCUUUGAAUGCAAAUGACCAGUCAGUCAGCUACGGUCCAGUUCUUUGGGAUGUCCUCAAUAAAAUUGCUGGCGAGGUUGGCGCCAACUAUCUGAUUGGCCUGUCUCUCCUUGAUCCUAACAAUCCAAAUGUCCCGGUCGAGGCAGCCGCAGUUCAGGAGACAUUGGGCAAUAAUUUGGAUGGGUUUCUUUUAGGAAAUGAACCAGAUCUUUACACUUCUCACGGGGAUCGGCCAAACAUCCAAAACUACACGACGGAUAAUUAUAUCGACGAUUUUCGAACUGCUGCAAGCCACUUGACUAACACCUCGGCAGGUGACAUUUUAGCACGGCCUGUUUUGGGAGGUCCCACUAUAUGUUGUGCAUGGAAUCUUGAUGCUUUGUUAAAGGGAGGAUAUUCUACCGCAUUUGAUGAUGUCCUGAAGUAUAUCUCUCUUCAGCACUACCCUCAAAACAACUGUUUUGGCAGCUACCAGUACGAGAUCCCUUACUACGUGCAACAUCCAAAUGUGGUCAAUCUUACUGCUUGGGAGCAGCCGGGUAUCGACAUCGUAAACGCGAAUACUUCGUCGCGACGACCACAACUCAUUAUGACGGAAUUUAACUCGGCGUCAUGUGGAGGCAUCCCAGGAAUUUCCAACACAUUCGCUGUCGGUUCUCUCUGGACAGUAGAUUAUGCACUCCAACUGGCAUCAGUGGGGUACAGUGCAGCCUACAUCCAUACAAGGGAACAAGGGAUUUCAUACAACCUGUUUGACCCAAGCCCUGGAUCUUGGACCACCAAUCCUCCCUACUACGCCCUGCUGGCAGUGGCUGAAGCGCUACAAUCCAAAAAUGGCAGCAAAGUGGUAGACCUUGAUAUAAUGGGAUCGAGGACCGACUUGAAUGCCACCGUCAGCGGAUACGCCGUAUAUGAUGCCAUCGACUCGAGUGUCCAACAAUUCGUUCUCUUCAACUAUUACAACACAACUUCGACCUCUGCGCCCUCCGCUUCGUUCUCCCUUCCUUCCUCGUCGUUCAAGUCGAGCUCAAGCAAUGCUAUCACCGUGAAAUACCUGACUGCUGUCAGCAUGGCAGAAACCAUGAACAUUUCUUGGGGUGGUCAAACGCUCAGAGGUGUGGGGGAUGGAAAGCUUGUCAAAGCUGCGGAUUCGUGGGCCGCCGCUAAUGUGCAGAUCGACUGUACCAAGGGGUGCACUGUCAACGUCCCUGCACCUGGGAUGGCGGUCGUGUUUGCCGGUGCGGCACCAGUCCAGAAUAACGCAACCAACACCAACACUACCACUGGUGCUGCCAAACCGUCGAGCGACGCAACCAGCACAGUACUCGCUCUGUCUAUAGUACCGAUGGCAAAGAGCCUCGUUCCUCUUUGUGUAUAUGCUACGUUAGUCCGAAUUAGGAGGGUCAUGCGCGACGAUUGGCUGCAAGCCUGCAAUGACGUUUUAAGGCAACCACAGGGGAUUCAGGAUGACAGUACGAUGAACACUGCCGACAUGGAUGAUAGCGUUCUGGAUAGCAUCAACUCUCUCCCAAGCGAAAUUCUUUGCAAAAUUUUUCUGGAUUAUCUCCCCGAAGGAGGCUCCGAGGUAUUGGUGGGAAGUCUCAGCGGGACAACAAUCACUCUAUCCCACGUGUGCUCACGUUGGAGGGAAGUCAUCUUGGUCGCUCCUCGUUUAUGGAGCCAGCUAUUCCUGAAUCUCGACGAUGAGAGGUUCCAGGAGAAACAUUCGUGGGAACAGGUCGUUCAAUUCGUUCUGAAUUGGUUUAGUAAGGCUGGGGAAUGCCCUCUCAAACUUCGAUUUAACUGUCAAUCCGUGUCUGUGGGUGGAAGGGAAAUCACAGAAGAAGGCUACUUGAAUCACCUCCUGCCCCCUCUUAUGGCGCGCAUUCGAGAUCUUGAACUUGAUCUUCGCCGACUACCACAGCAUCUUUCCGUGCUUCCUCCCAACAAAUUCCAGCAGCUUGAAUCCAUUGUACUUCACAAUGGAUAUCUAAAAACCAAUUCCGUUGAAAUGAUGUGGAAUCCGGAUGAUGAGCCACUCACCAUUUUUGAGAACACCCCGCGACUACAACGUCUCGCUAUGUUUUUCCCACUGUUCGGGAAGCGUCUCAAUAGCGUCUUGAUACCUUGGUUUCAAAUGACUUCCCUCAUCAUCUCGAGUUACAUACACCCCCCAGUUUUGGAUGAACUCUUGUCAAAAUGCGUCAAUCUCGUAUGUGGAGUUUUCUACAUCAUUGGUGACGCAGACUGUUCCCUUAUUCCCUCUCGUCCAAAAACCACACUGGCGCAUCUCGUGGAAUUGACCAUAGUGUGCUACACAUCGAUCCAAUCGGUUUUAACUCCAGCCGUUCUACGAAACUUCCAUCUACCCAAGCUACAGACCCUUCGACUCGGCCCGUUGAGCCUGGAAGCAACAUCUUUGGAAGACAAAGUAUACCUUUUCCCACAUUUAUCCCUCAUUCGUCGCUUGUCCUUCCAGUCCCAUAUGCGAAGUUGGUUUGAAUGCGACCAUUCACUUGCGAUUGAGCUCCUUAAAUUUGCUGGAAAUGUAGAGGAUUUCGACAUUUCUUCAACCAAUGAUUAUUCAACAAUAAUGAAGGCCUUGAUAAUCUCGGAUGGGGUUGAUAUUAUUCUACCCAAGCUCAAAUCAAUUCGUAUUCACUUCCCAGAUCCGUUCAAUGUGGAUCAAUUACGGAAAAUUUCCAUACCAACUCUUGUAAAGAUGGUCGACUCCAGAUGGCACCCACAACAGGCUACCCAUCUCGAGAAAAUUAGUGUUUUUUUGACCCAGUCAACUGUCACAAAGUCUCUGGUCAGGAUGUUGAAGAACUCUCUGGAGGAUGGACUUCAAGGGUAUGUAUCGAGGGGAUUGAUUCUCCAUGUUGUCGUUUCGGGCGCCGGAGAAGUUAUCUGGCAGGACCGUCUUCCACAUGACGAGAAUUAUUGGAAAGAGGGAAUGGAUUGUAUGCGACUCCUGGAAACGACGUAG